ACAAGAGGAGAGACUUUCAAAGGAUUUAUAUUUCCCGUAUUACUGAAGUGACAUGGGAAACCAAUCAUCAUCUGAGGAAAUAAAACUCGGAGACAAAAUUGGUGAAGGUUCGUAUGGUGAAGUGUUCAAAGCCGUGUGGAACGGGAGGCGAGUAGCUGCGAAACGGAUUCGACCUGUCUUCUUCGAAGGAGAUUAUGAUGGUAGUAUUAGAGCUGCUUUCUUGGAAAAGUUUAAGAAGGAAUGGGAGAUACUCCGCAGCAUUGAGCACAAAAAUAUUGUGCAGUACUACACCGCCAUUAUCCCUCCGUCUCCAGAGAGCCCCAUCAUUGUGACAGAGCUGUUAGAGAACGAUUUGGCCAAACACAUUCGGGACUCGACGACUAAACCAAAGGUUCCUUUCUCAGACGUUAUCAAAAUCAUGCUGGACGUCGCAGAAGGUUUACAUUACAUUCAUACCCUUAAAGAGCCGCUUGUACAUCGCGACUUGGCGAGCAAAAAUGUAUUGUUGACGAAAAAAUUGCAUGCAAAGAUUGCAGAUUUGGGUCAAGCGAAAGCGUUUCCUCGUGGUGCAAUGUAUGCGACUGCCAUGCCGGGAACACCCGUGUAUGCCGCUCCGGAGACGUAUCCAAAGAGGUUAGGAGGAUUACCGUGGGGCGAUAAAGCGAGAUACACCGAAAAAAUCGACAUAUUUUCGUUCGGAGCCAUGCUGCUGGAGAUCAUUAUUGGUCAUCUGCCAGUAAAUGACUUGCCUGACCCGAUUCUUGAAGACGGGGAAAUAGUCCCAGAGUACAUACGCCGUAGUGAAGACCUGGAAGAAAUGGGUCCAGACCAUCCUCUCCACAACCUCGUUUUGAAGUGCUUGGAAAACAUUCCCGAAAAAAGGCCCAGUGCUAGGGAGAUUGAAGAAGAACUUCUGAAAUUCAGCAAAUCUGUGUGUAGUCCCUCUGGGGAUAAAGUUGGUGCUAUGUCACAUGUUCAUUAUGACCACAAGUUCAAGCUUGUCGUACUUGGCGAGUCUGGUGUGGGUAAGACAUCUAUUGUGACCCGAUUCCUAAAAACCGACAGCCAGCUCUCUGAGUUAGUACUCCCCAGCACGCUCCAGUCUGAAGAUCACUUUGAACGUCUGCGUUUCCGUGAUAAGUCAGUCCAUCUUCACAUCGUCGAUGUAGGCGGUCACAAGUUCACAAAAGCCUCCAGCUUAGUGCCUCAGAUUUUUCGCCGCGCUCGGGGCGCAGUCAUAGUCUUCGACCUCCUCUCUGAGAUGUCUUUCUUGGAAGUGCCGAAUUGGGUGGAAGUCGUCAGGGACACGUGCGGGGAAGAAAUUCCCAUAGUACUAGUUGGAAACAAAGAUGACGAGUUGGAGAGAUGGGUUGAUUCGCGUCAAGUGGAGGAAUUCGUUGAUAGAGAGAAGCUAUUUUACAUAGAGUCGAGUGCCAAGUCUGGAAAGAACAUCGAUGAAAUAUUCUCUGUUCUCGUGGACUUAAUGAUUCAAUGCGAAAGCCAAAAGGAAGGCGAAGCUACGACAAGCGAUCUUGUGGCUUCCUUUAAAGAAACCUUUUCUAACAGGGAUGCUAGCCAGGAGAAGUCCCCAAUAGCUGAACGCUUCCUUACACCUCCUUGUGAGGCCCUCGGUCCGGGAGUCAUUGUACUGAACGAAGAAAAGGAAAAAAAAGGGACGACAUCAUCAACAGAGCAAGACAAGAGUGACAAGAAAAAGUCAGGGUGUUGUUUGUUGAACUGAAGGGACUGAGGACGAUGUUAGACGUUAAAGAACGUUAAAUUCACCGGUUUUGAAGGGCUUUAAGGUUACAAGAGAGCGAUGGGUUUUGUAUAAAUAUUCAAUAUCACUCUCUUUACGUAUGUAUAUCCGUUUUAUGUUGAUUCCCAUAAACAACAAUCAGUUCUCCCUGGAAAAUAUUUUACCAAUGUUAUCGUUGUCUCUGUUAAAACACCCGUAAUCGAUCAGCAUCUUUUAAAGAAUGGGCUUUUUCGUGUUGUGCGUAGUUACGAAUGGGAAAGCCCUUGGUACGCUAUUGAUUGCAAUUUUAUGACCUCUUUCCUCACGGAUGAUGUGGACAUGCUCCGCUUUAAUGCAUUUUCACUCGCUGUUUGCAGGGACGGUUAAGGUAAAUUGAUUGCACGCACUAUACAAUUUCAGCUGGGCUCUGUUGGAUUUAACAUAAUUUUUGUCAAAACUGUUUUAUUCAACCAUUCCUUUAUUUCGUUACAAUCGUUGAGGUGUUUAAACUUACGGUGCUUUUAAAUAAAACCAAUUAAUAAAUACCAAA